AUGGGGUCAAUACAGCAGAAGUCGCAUUUCAAGAAACUGCAACAAUUCAAGGCAAAUUAUGCCGACGCCACGUUCACUCAGUAUGAAUCGCAGCGAACAGGUCUUCGGGUGGUGGUAGUCGAUCGAAAGGGUCCCAAAGUAUACGGCAACUUUGCAGUGGCCACAGAGAUUCACGAUGAUUCGGGUGCACCGCAUACCCUUGAGCAUCUCUGCUUCAUGGGCUCGCGGAAAUACCCUUUCAAGGGUGUACUAGACAAGAUUGCCACCCGAUCGUACUCCGACACAAAUGCGUGGACAGAUGUCUCCGAGACAGUGUAUACUCUCUCAACUGCAGGCUGGGAAGGCUUCGCCCAACUACUGCCCAUCUACUUAGACCAUCUCAUUGUACCUACGCUUACCGAUGCUGGCUGCUACACUGAGGUACAUCACGUUGAUGGCAAAGGAGAAGAUGCAGGUGUGGUCUACUCCGAAAUGCAGGGGCGUCAAAACUUGCAGGGUGAUCUGAUGGAUCUCCAGAUGCGCCGCCUCCUCUAUCCUGAAGGCGACGGUUUCCGUAUGGAGACAGGUGGUCUGAUGGAGAAUCUACGAGUUUCCACCGCAGAGCGCAUCCGCCAAUUUCAUCGAGACAUGUAUCAACCCAAGAACAUACGACUUGUACUGAUCGGAGAGGUGGAUCAUUCAAAUCUCUUGGAGGUACUAGACAAGUUCGAGGAUCAGAUUGUUGAUCGCGUACCGGCUUACGAUGCGCCCUUCAAGCGGCCAUGGGUCGAGUCAAAGCAGACUCCGCCGCUGAGCAAGACUAUCGUCGACACAGUCGAGUUCCCAGAAGAGGACGAAUCAACGGGUGAGGUUCAGAUUGCCUUUCUGGGACCUAAAACCAUCGAUGACCUUGGAGAGACUGCCAUCAACACACUGCUCAACUACCUUGCUGGUUCAUCUGUUUCAGUCCUGGUCAACACGCUCGUCGAGAAAGAGCAUCUUGCGAGUAUGGUCUAUUUUUGGUGCAAAGGACAUACCGAUAUGAUCAUUUGGUGGACCCUAUCAUCCGUAGAGACAGAUAAGCUGGCAGAUGCCGAGAAACGUUUCUUCGAAGUCCUCAAAGAACACGCUUCCAAGCCGCUUGACAUGAGCUACCUCAAAGACUGUCUCCAUCGGUUCAAGCGCCAAACCCGAUACAUGUCUGAGAUUGGUAUGGAUGAGUACAAAGAUCCGAUCAUCAAAGACCACGUCUUUGGCGACCGGAAUGGAACUCACCUUGAAGAAGCGAUGGCCACUCUUGAUGUAUUCGAUACCUUGGAUAAAUGGACCGAGGAGGAAUGGCGAGCGUACCUGAACAAGUGGAUGGUAGAUGCUCACCAUGUUUCCAUUUUGGGUAAGCCCUCCAAGGCACUCUCAGACAAGAUCAAAGCAGAUGAGGUUGCACGCGUCAAGGCACAACAAGAAAAACUGGGCGAAGAGGGACUGGAGAACCUCGCACAGAAGCUCAAGGAAGCCCAAGAGGAAAACGACAAGCCCAUCCCAGAAGAGAUCAUCGCCGGUGUUCAGGUUCCAAGCACCGAAUCUAUCCACUUCUAUGAGACUACCACAGCACGCUCUGGAUUGGCGAAGAAGCUGGGCACCUCGGAGAAUAACAUUCAAACAAUUGUUGACAAGGACGAGAACGGUCUCCCGCUCUUCAUUCACUUUGAGCAUAUACCGACCUCUUUUGUGCAUUUCGGCUUAGCCCUUGGAACUGCAUCACUACCAACAGAACUCAAGCCUCUGCUCGGUGUAUAUCUGACCAACUUCUUCGCCACUCCUAUCGUGAAGGAUGGAAAGCGUAUUGAGUUCGAGGAGGUUAUCACUAAGCUUGAGCAGGAUACCAUUGAAUACUCCAUGGACCGUGGUACCGACAUCGGAAGCUCUGAGAUGAUCUACAUCCCUUUCAUCGCUGAAGCGGACAAGUUCGAGACGGUCGUUUUAUGGUUGAGGUCAAUGCUCGUCGACUCUGUGUUCGACACUGAGCGCAUCAUUUCUGCUGUCAAAAAGAUGCUUGCCGACGUGCCUGAGGAGAAGCGUGACGGUAAUUCCAUGAGCUUCGCAGUCGACCGCAUGAUCCACUACGAUGCUGCGUCAGCCGUUCGUGCGACUGGAACACUUGUGAAGGGCCUAUACCUCAAGCGCAUCCUGAAGCUGCUCAAGACGGAGCCUCAGCAGGUUCUCGACAAGCUCGAAGCCUUGCGUAAACACCUACUGACUUUCUCCAACAUGCGCAUCCUCGUUACCGCCAACCUCGAGACCCUGCCAAACCCGGUAUCCACCUUCAAACACCUCACCGAAGCCUUCAAACCCGGCCCAGAACCAACCGUGAACCCGAUCGACGACCGUAAUGCGCUCCUAUCGGAUAUCGGCCGCAAUCCGGGUGGCACACACUACAUCAUCCCCAUGCCCAUUGACUCCUCCUUCGCAGUUCUCACAUCCAAAGGACCAAAGGGAUACACAAAUGCCCAACUCCCGCCCCUCAUGGUUGCACUCGCCUAUCUUGAUGCUGUCGAGGGCCCCAUGUGGCAGUCAAUCCGCGGCACAGGUCUCGCAUACGGCAGCAACUUCUUCCGUGACCCCGAAACAGGACUGCUCAAAUUCCGCAUCUCCAAAUCCCCCAACGUGUUUGCCGCGUACAACAAAGCCAAGACGGUCAUCAAGGAGUAUGGCAAUGGCACGCAGGAGUUUGAGAAGCUGGCGCUGGAAGGUGCUAUCUCUAGUAUCGUGCGUGACUUUGUCGAUGAGCGCGCUACUGUUGUCGAUGCCGCUAGGAGCUCCUUUAUUGAUCUUGUUACGCGUGGUGUUGGCAAGGACUGGCAGGAUUGGGCACUUCGCGAGGUGCGCAAGGUGACUGAAGAAGAUGUCAAGAAGAUCUUGAACGAGGUUGUAGCUGGUGUGUUUGUGCCUGAGAAGACGGAUCUGGUCGUGACAUGUGGUGGUAUUAUGACUGACGGUCUCAAGAAAGACUUCGAAGACGCUGGCUUCAAGAUUGAGAUCAAGCAACUUGCCGACUUCCAAGACGCAUAUGGUCUGGAGGGCGAAGAGGAUGACGACGAUGACGAUGAUCUGUCAGGUAGCGACGACGGCGACGAUGAUUCUGAAACUGGGUCGGAAAUGGAGGAGUAG